AUGAGUAAACGCAAGCAAUUGAAGGAUGGCACCGUGCAGAUGGGCAACACAAUUAAGGCGAUAGGCGAAAAUGAUAGCAGUAGCGAGGAGGAGUUGGAUAUAGUAAAUGUCGACUUUGAGUGGUUCGAUCCACAGCCAGCAGUAGACUUCGACGGCAUCAGGAAUCUCGUUCGCCAGCUGCUAGACAAUGAUGCGCCACUAUUUGACCUCUCAACAUUAACAGACCUGAUACUGUCGCAACCUCUGUUAGGCUCGACGGUGAAGGUUGACGGGAAUGAAAGUGACCCAUUUGCAUUCCUGACUGUGCUGAAUCUGCAGCAGCAUAAGGAGGUGCCCGUUAUAAAAGACCUAACAAACUACCUCCAACGAAAAUCUUCCUCUCCCCAAUUCUCACCCCUACAUGAACUCCUCUCACAGCCAACUCCACCAGCAAUUGGAUUGGUAUUAACGGAACGACUGAUCAACGUCCCUGUUGAAGUUGUUCCACCCAUGUACGCCAUGCUCCUAGAAGAAAUAGCCUGGGCCCUUGAAGAAAACGAACCCUACAACUUCUCACACUACCUUGUUCUAUCACGGACCUACGAAAAAAUCAAAUCAAAACUAGACGAGGAAGACGAUAGGCCGCAGAAGAAGAAGAAAAAGGAUGUGGAUGAGAAAACCGAAACAUUCUAUUUUCACCCGGAAGAUGAAAUACUGAAAAAACAUGCGCUCUGCUAUGGGGGAUAUCAAUACACGCAUCAGCAGGAGGAAGGCGCAUCAGACUCCAAGCGGGCGUUUCAUGAAUAUGGGGUGCGGCCAGGGGGGCAUUUGAUUCUUAUAGAAGCGGCGAAGUUCAAAGAGGCGGUGGUUGAUUUAAAGGGAUAUCUAAUGCCGUCAUGA